UUCAAGGUAAUAUGUUUCUUUCCUUCCUGCACAGAUCAUGUUUUGUACUUUGAACACUCAUAAAGUUGAUAUGGACAAGCUGUUAGGUGCACAGAUUGGCCUUGAAGAUUUUAUAUUUGCCCACAUAAAAGGACAACGAAAAGAAGUGGAAGUUCUUAAAUCUGAUGAUUUGCUUGGGCUUACUGUUACAGACAAUGGAGCUGGCUGUCCCUUUAUAAAGCGAAUCAGAGAAGGGAGCCUUAUGGACCAAACCAAAAUGAUCUGCGUUGGCGAUCACAUAGAGUCUAUAAAUGGAAAAGAUGUGUCAGAUCUUCGGCAUUAUGAAGUUGCCAAAAUGCUAAAAGAUCUGGAGAAAGGUCGGGUGUUUAAGCUGAAGCUGAUAGAGCCUAUGAAGUCAUUUGAAAAGGUGGCAGCAAGGUCCAAAGGUGGGACUCUGACAGAGGCUAAAAUCUCCAGAGGGAGAGAAACACUUCGACUGAGAAAUAAAGGCCCUGCCACUGUGGAGGAAAUGCUGUCUGAAGUUGAAGAAAAAGCAGUAAAAAAAGUGGAUGAACUUCUUGAAACAUACAUGGGGAUAAGAGAUAUUGAAUUAGCUGCAACAAUGGUAGAAGCAGGAAGAGACAAGAAAAACCCAGAUGAAUUUGCAGUGGCAUUGGAUGAAACUCUUGGAGACUUUGCAUUUCCAGAUGAGUUUGUCUUUGAUGUGUGGGGAGCAAUAGGGGAUGCUAAGCAAGGACGACUGGAAUGAGAAUUGUGAAGUUCAUCAUUCUCAAUUCAAAAAUAUAAGGUGACUUUGAAAUAUGUAUGUCAGAAGACUAAUAUUUUUAUUGAUAUAAAUCUGGGAUGCUCUAUAUAAGUAUUCUUAUCAGAAACUUUAUUUCACAAAGGAAAGUUUCUAACAGAAAUAAACUCAAAGGUCUAACAACUGCACAUUUAGAAUGAACAUUUAAUUUAAAUGUAGAAAUCACUGAGGGGAGAAGGGUCAAGUAGAUGUAUUUAUACAUGCAUUUUAUGUACUUUGGUAUCUAUUUUGAGGAGUGAUAGAUAUAUGCAAAAUUUUUUGGAUUAUUAUUAUUAUUUUUUUUUUAAGUAAAGAUUUAUAAACUUGAUUUAAAAAAAAAAAAAAUCAACACACUGCAGUUCUCUGAUCUGCUGGUUCUUAAGUAUUCAAGUAGGCCAAGAGCUGUACUGUUUUCAGUAGACAAAGAGGAGAAGAAGCCACCCUGCCUCUGGAAAGGCACGUUUCACAUUCAGGAAAAAGUAAAUUCCUCUGGGAGAAAAAAACAAAAAACAAAAAACAAACAAACAAAAAAAAACAACAAACAACUAUGACUUUAAGAUGAACUUGCUCUCAUUUUUGGUCAUAAUACACACUGCCUAUGUAUUCCUGAAAUGAAUUUAGUAGAAACGCCUAGAGCAGGAAUCUGUUGCUUUAUACAGAUGCCAUAUUAUCACAAUAGCUACUGCAUAAUAAGAAACAAAUGUUAAUUUUGAUUAAUAUUCACGUAUUUGGAUAAUAUCUGUGAUCUGGCACUGGAGACUGUAAUACUUGACUAAAUGCUUCACCUAUCUUUGCUUGUAAUAAACACCUUGCUGAAAUCCUAUGAAGUUCUCCCUUUAUCUUGUCUGUUGUUUUCAGAAUGGCAAUGUAGAGAUAUUUAAAAAGGUGCUCAGAAUCAGUAGAUGUAGUUGUAUGAUCACAACUGCAGUCUGGAUGAAAAUGAAUGUCUAAAACUUCAAUUAAUAUCGUUUUAUACUUCAGGAUUUCAAAUUAUACUGUACGUAGAUGUUUAUUCUUAACUGAUAAUGUUUUACUAAUAAAUCUCGGAUUGUUAAAAAAUUAACUGUCUCUUAACACAAUUCUAUGUCUGCAUUUAUCAUCUUGUUCACUCUAUAUUUAAUGAAGAGCAGUGUUUUGUUUUUAUUUAUAACUGUAUUCUUUUUCAGUUAUUACUGUGUUAGGUUUUAAUCAAGACAUACUUGCUAAUUUAUGUAGAAAACGUAACUUUCAAGAGAUAAUUGUAGCAAUUGUGAUUUUUUGAAAAAAUAUAUGCAAUUUACAUUUUAGCCAAAUAACACAAUGAGUAUCCUUGAAAGUGAAAUUAAACAAAAAUAUGGGGCCUGA